AAUGUGUUUCUGAUAUUUUAAACAGAAGUUUAAUAACUGAUAUCAGCUAAUUUGGAGUAUCGACAAGCUGUAAUUAAAUAAACCACGUCACACGGAGUCGUAAUCUAAAACUUAAAACGAACGGAAAUUCGUGUUGAAGUCAAUUAAAAUUCCAAGUAGAAGCGUAAAGUGUGGAAGUCGAAACAGGAAAUCACUCGCAUAAUGAAGAACAAUAUAGAAAACGACAAUAAAAAAAUACUGCUGCUAUUCCUGCUUGUUCUCGUACAACCGUUUAUAUUUAUGUAUUUACUUCAACAUUCGAAUAUUCGAAUGGCUUCACCCGUUAUCGAAGAGGGCAAUAUGAAAUUUCAGAAAACUAACGAUGAGAAUGCCAUCAUCAAUGAAAACACUAUUGGUCAUCAAGUGAAGAAAAGAGAAAUCACUUCCGAAACCGAAAAAGAUUGCCAAGGGGAUUGUUCUCUGACACCAAACUCAUCUGAAGAAGACGACGAUACAAUAAUGAUAAAUGAAAAUUGGAGUGUAGAAAAAACUGAUAUGUUGGAAUUUUGUUUCGCUGCCGAUAAAGUUUGUGGAAGAAACAGAGAAAAAUCAAAAGACGAAGAGAAAGACAAUUUUGGAGGAGAAAAGCUACAAGAAAAUAAGAAUUGCAUUCUCCAAGAAAUUACAAAUGAGGAGGCUUUUCAGUAUAAGGAAUUCGGUUUUUAUUUCAGAGAUGAAUUUAGAACGUCAACAUUGAUAAAUAUUGAAGAGGGUCCAAAAGACAGUUACAAGAUUAUCUUCGAAGAACAGAAUAAACGUUUAAUGACGGAAUUUCGAGUUAAUAAAAGACGAGAAGUUAAUAUACUGAAACAGUAUGAAUUACCUGAACAAAUGGAUAAACGGGGAAUUAUUAAAUACAAUGGAAAUAUUUAUAGUAAACAUAACAAUUUCUUGGACGGAAGAAUUGUCAAGUAUAACAUUAAAACACAGAAGUUGACUUUUGGGGAUAAUGUCGAUUUUGUUCUGCAUCAAUAUUAUGUCCUAAGUUUACUUCCAGGUGACAAUUGUUUCUGGGCAUUGAACGUCAUAGAUUAUAAAUCAGAUUCACGGGCUCACAUGAUUACAAUAGAAUCAGGUUUCAUGAUCACUUACGGGUUGUAUAAAAUGGAUUUGGAUAAUUUAAAAGUUUUGUCAAAGCGAAAUUUUAACCUGACUUGUUUAGCUAGAUUUAUGUUUGUUGCUUACGAUAAGGUGUAUUGCGUUCGCGAUCGCUCACCUAAGUUUUAUAUUCGGUCGGCUUCGAACGACGAAGAGUUUCUGUACUUUGAUUUACAGAAACAUCCAGACUUUUACCACAUGGAAAGAGUCUUUUAUAAUGUUAAUGAACAAAACCUUUACGUACUGUUUAAUCAUUUCGAAACACACUAUAAAUUUUUUGUAAAAAAGUUACACUUCAAUUGUUCAAACGAAGAUUGA